AUGUUGUGUAGUGGGCUGAAGAAGGUACUGCCAGAUAUUAUUGAGCCAGUUCAGAGUGCUUUUGUGGAGCAAAGAGUAACUUUUCAUAAUAUAUUCAUAUGUCAGGAUAUGUUAAGACAUUAUGAAAGAAAGUCUAAACCUGCUAGAUGCACUAUGAAAGUUGAUCUACUCAAAGCUUUUGAUUCUCUUGAUUGGGAAUUCAUUAGAGAAAUGUUGAUUGGUUUGAAGUUCCCUGAAAAAUUUGUCAAAUGUGUUAUGUUAUGUGUGACUACCCCUAGUUAUUCAUUGACCAUCUAUGGGAAGCUGUGUGCUAAGAAAAAAACAGCAGUCUAUUUUGGCAAUGUGAAGGAGGAAGUUCAGCAGAGAAUUCUUCAAGUUACUGGGUUUCAAAGAGGGUCUUUCCUAUUCAGAUACCUAGGGGUGCCUAUCACCUCAAAAAGAAUUUCUAAAGCAUAUUGUGAAGUGUUGGUGGAUAAGAUCUCGAAGAGACUUGUUUGCAUGAGCUUCAGACACUUAUCAUAUGCUGGGAGAGUGACAUUGAUAAAUGCAGUGCUAAUGAACUUGCACACUUACUGGGCUCAAGUGUUUUUAUUGCCUAAAAGUGUUCAAGAGGCAAUAAUAAGGAUAUGCAGGGCAUACUUAUGGGAAGCAAAGGUGUAUUCUUCUAAGCCUCCUCCUAUAGCCUGGAAGGAUGUGUGCUAUGCUAAAAAUACAGGAGGUUUAGGUAUUAGGGAGUGCAUAAGUUGGAAUGUAGCAGCUAUUGGGAAGUAUGUAUGGCAAAUAACUAAUAAAGCUGAUUUGUUGUGGAUCAAGUGGAUUCAUUCAUUGUAUAUUAAGGAGGCAACAUGGUGGGAGUAUAGAGCUCCAGUGAAUGCUAGCUGA